AUGGACGAAAGCAAGAUAACCCUUGGGCGUUAUAUGUGGGAACGCAUUCACCAAAUCGGUGUCGACACAAUCUUUGGGGUGCCGGGCGACUUCAACCUUCAAUUUCUUGACUACAUCUUCCACGUCGAUGGCCUGAAAUGGACCGGUAACCAAAACGAGCUAAAUGCAGCCUACGCCGCUGACGGCUAUGCCCGCAUCAAGAACAUACCCGGAUGCCUCGUUACUACUCACGGUGUGGGUGAGCUAAGCGCGCUGAACGGCAUUGCAGGCAGCAUGUCGGAGCACGUCAAGGUUAUACAUGUUGUUGGGCAGACUACACGCGCCAUGCAAAAGGGCCAAAUGAUGAUCCACCACAGCAUUGGCAUGAAGCCGAAUCACCAGGUGUACAACAAGGCCAGUGAGGGGCUGAGAUAUGCAGCCGCGGAGCUUUGGGACAUUGAAACCGCACCUCAGGAGAUUGAUCGUGUGAUCCGAGAGUGUGUGCUCAAGAGCGGACCAGUGUACAUCUUCUUGCCCUUGGAUUUGAGCGCCGAACUGGUAGACAAGAGCUUGCUCGACAAGAAAAUCGACUUGACGCCACAGAUUGACGAAAAUGCGCAGGAAAAGGCAAUCAAGGCCAUUACCACAGCAAUAGCAGAGGCUAAGCAACCCACUAUCCUAGUUGAUGCGCUUGUGCAACGGUUUGGCGCGGUAAAGGAAGCCCAGCAGGUAGUCGAGAAGCUCAACGUCCCAUUCUUUUCAUCAGUCAUGGGUAAAGGCAUUGUCGAUGAGACAGACGAGAGAUUCGUCGGUGUGUGGAACGGCGAAGCAAGCACUCCGGGCGUCAUGGAAGCUGCAAAAGCAGCGGAUCUGGUGAUAACACUGGGAUACAUCCCCUGUGACACCAACACGGCUGGUUUCUCAAGGCAACUGGAAGAAGGCAAAGUCAUCCAAAUCAACCAAUUCGAUGUUGUGGUGAAAGGCACAUCAUACCCUUCCAUUUUCAUGCAGCCGCUCCUUGUCGCUCUCAUUGAAUCCCUCCCCUCUCCAGCACAGCACUCGAUUGCAAAACCGACGCUACCACCUCCACGCACGCCGCUCGACGCAGCAUCUAAGGAACUAACGCAAUCCCAGCUCUGGCCCAUGAUACAGACCUUCCUCAAGCCCGGCGAUGUUGUCGUCAGCGAAACCGGCACCUCCAACUUUGGCAUCUGCGACAUCCCCUUGCCCACCGACAUCACCGUCAUAACACAGAUUUACUACGGCAGCAUUGGCUUUGCUACGGCCGCGACGCUCGGCGCCGAUGUGGCGCGCAGAGAGCUCGAGGCUGCACAGGCGCGGCGCAACAAUGGUAGAACGGUAUUAUUCACGGGCGACGGGUCCAUGGCUCUUACGAUACAGGAGGUCGGCACGAUGAUCAAGGCAAAGUGCAAAGCUGUGUUGUUUGUCAUUAACAACGAGGGAUACACGAUUGAGCGGUUGAUUUGGGGUGCACGCCAACCAUACAACGACAUUGUGCCGCACAACUAUGCCCAUCUUCUUUCGCUAUACCACCAUCCCGACCCCAGCUCGUCGUUCCACCGCGCAACGACAAAGGAAGAGCUCGCCGCCAUCCUGACGAAACCGCAGGUCCAGCACCCAGAGCACCUGCAGCUCGUGGAGCUCGUGCUGCACAAGCUCGAUACGAGCUGGAAGCUGGCGACGACGCUGGCGUGGCGCGGCGAACAGCACCAGGAGUAUUUGGCGAGAGAAGGCUUUGUAGAUACGUACGGCGGAUGGGGUCUCGAGGGCAAGGCAGGCGGAAAUAUCAAGUGGAGCUGAAAAAGAGGGCGUUUUUCUUCCAUGUACCACACCCCCCAAGUUCAUGUCUUGGAAAUACUUUAUGAUAUCAAU